AUUUCAACACGGCCGAACGGGAGAAAGUAACUCUAUACUUAUUGGCUUACGUGACGGGUUUACGUUAAGUUGUUACCACUAGUAAAAGUAAUUGUACGAUGUUUAAAUAUUACGCAAUACGCUAAGUAUCUUGUCUGGAAAUGCCAAAGUGGAGGUUAAAAACUGAGGCAGUCAGUUCAAAAUGUCAAGGAAGGGUAGCUUACAAAAAAGCAAAACAAUCUCUUACGCCAAUCUUUGAGAUUGACCCAUCACCAUCCGGAUCUCUAGAGACAGCAUUUGCUAAUAGUGGCGCUCGUUUACCGGGGGCAGAAAGCCAUACCCAGGGGAGUCAUGGAAGUCACUUGAUGGUAGGGGUCACACAUGCGGGGGACGACGGGAGUUCAGAUGAUGCCAACACACCGUCGCACAGUCCUCGGUCGCAUAAUACUAGCAGAGAAGAAGAUGAUAGUUCGCAGGCGAACGAAAGUGACAACAAAAGUCCAAAUCAAAGGACGAAAUCGAACCAGCGAUGGAUGAAACUUAGGACUACUGUGCAAAUAUCAUCAGCAAUAUCAGCAAAAAAACCUCCUUUAAAACGAGAAGACUCUUUUUUACAGAGAUUUUCAACCCGGCAAUUACCAGAGGCUCAAGAGACUGUAGAAGAUACGGGUAGUGAAGGCUGUGCAGGAGACAAUAGAUCGGCGCCUGGUAGACGAAGAAAAAGACUACGUCAGUCACGUAGUGUCGUAAAUCCUGAUUCGAACUUUUAUUUUUAUUGGUUGUUUAUAUUGACAAUUUGUGUAUUAUAUAAUAUGUGGACAUUAAUAGUUAGACAAAGUUUUCCUGAACUGCAGGAAAUGAUUACUACCUUCUGGCUUACCUGUGAUUAUCUAAGUGACUUGGUUUUUCUACUAGAUGUUGGUCUCCAAUUUAGGACAGGAUAUUUAGAACAAGGUUUAAUGGUAUAUGAUUCUAAAAAAUUGGCCUGUCACUACCUUUGCUCACGUGCCUUUUUGUUGGACCUGACUGCUUUAAUCCCACUUGAUUUGUUGCAGUUAAGAUUUGGCUCAAAUCCACUGUUAAGAUGCCCCAGAUUUUUAAAGGUAUACAGGGCUAUCAACUAUUAUUAUAUGGUAGAAUCGAGAACCAUUUGGCCAAAUCUGUGGAGAGUGGUAAACUUAAUCCAUAUUUUACUGAUACUUGCUCAUUGGUUUGGAUGUUUUUAUUUUUUAUUAUCAGAAGCAGAAGGUUUUCAGGGCGAUUGGGUUUACCCCUAUCGGCCUGGAGACUAUGCGACUCUUACCAGAAAGUAUUUGGGAUCUCUAUAUUGGUCUACUUUAACCCUUACUACAAUAGGAGACUUACCUACACCUGAAACAAAUGCAGAAAACAUAGGUUCAGUUGACGGACCUCGGUCGCUGCCACGCAGAGGGGUUAAAUCUCGUCUACUGCAGUUCAACACCAGUAACGGAUAUAUUUUUACAAUAGUUAGUUAUCUUAUCGGAGUAUUUAUAUUUGCGACUAUAGUCGGUCAAGUGGGAAAUGUGAUCACAAACAGAAACGCCAAUAGACUGGAGUUCGAACGACUUUUAGAUGGUGCCAAAACAUAUAUGAGACAUCAUAAGGUACCAGGUGGUAUGAAGCGGAGAGUAUUGAGGUGGUAUGACUAUUCGUGGUCUAGAGGACGAAUACAAGGUGGUGGUGAUAUUAAUACAGCCUUAGGUUUACUUCCCGAUAAAUUAAAAACUGAAUUAGCAUUACAUGUCAACUUGAGUGUCCUUAAAAAGGUUACGAUAUUCCAAGAGUGCCAACCAGAGUUCCUUAGAGAUUUAGUAUUAAAAAUGAAAGCUUACAUUUUUACACCUGGAGAUUCAAUAUGUCGUAAAGGUGAAGUGGCGCGAGAAAUGUUUAUUAUUGCUGAUGGAAUAUUGGAAGUUAUUAGCGAAACUGGCAAGGUAUUAACAACAAUGAAAGCUGGAGACUUUUUUGGAGAAAUUGGUAUCCUUAACUUGGAUGGACUAAAUAAACGUACUGCCGAUGUGAGAUCAGUAGGUUACUCAGAGCUUUUUUCACUCUCGAGAGAAGAUGUAUUAGCGGCCAUGAAAGACUACCCAGAAGCCCAAGAAAUUCUUCAGGCGUUAGGAAGGAAACGACUUAUGGAGGUGAAAGCUAGUGCGAAGCAGUCUCAAAAUCAUAAGAGUGAUCAUCACCACAAGAGUGAACAUGGACAGGAUAAUAGAGGUUUAGUGGAUAAGAUUAAGAAUGAAGCCAAAGGACUGAAAAAGGCUUUAAGAAAAUCUCGGACGUAUUAUCGCCGUAGCAACGAGAGUCUAGAGCUACAGCCACUUCAGCCUCCAGGUUACGGCAACAGAAAUAAGGGUAGUACCGGACACGACACUAAAGGCACACUGAAAAGAAUGUCGAGAAUAAGAUCAAACGAGCUAAGUCAGGACUAUCCAGAAAGUGAAAGAAGUGAAAGAAGCGAAGCCAUAGUUCUCGAGCAAGAAAAAUCUACUUUUGUAUCGCCCUUAGGUGCAGGUUUACCUUUGCUGCAGAGACUGAGACUUUUAAAAGAAAGGCAAGACAGCGAAGAAAAGGUAAAAGGUGGUCAGAUCCCGACGUCUCCUUUAUUGCCUCCUAGAUCAGCAACACUUGUAAAAUCACCUUCUAUCAUUGAAGAAACUUCACUUAUAGAAAAACCUGUUCGAGAGGACUUACCUCUUUUGCAAAGAAUACUAUUGCUCAAAGCGAAAGAUGAAAAAAAAAACAAAAAUAUGAAUACAGGAAUAAGUGGCUAUCAGCCAGUUUUAGGUAGGGCACCUUUGUUAUGUCAAGCUACUUCACCCUCUCCAUCAAUAGUAACUACUCCGAACAUUACCUUACCAACUAGGGCAUCGUUUUCUGGACCAAUUAAAAAACCUACGACGAUAGUUCCAGUUAAACUUGAUAAUAAAAUUUCAUUUAGAGAUAAAUUAAAACUACAUGCAAUUGCGAAAGAAAAAGACACGUCAAUUAAAGAUUCUUUGCUUAAAGACAGUGACUGCCCUGCUGUCACUGAACAAUUAAUAAGUCCAGCAGCUUCUACGAUUAAGUUAAAAGAAGGAUCGCAACAGCCGUCCAGUACCUCACAUAAAAUUGAAGAUUUUACUCUAACUAGUGUAAAUAGUGAACAAAAGCCGGCAAAGAGCGAAAAUUCGACAAGUAUCGACAAGAAUGGUGCUCAUUGGUCAAAACUUAAAAGAGCAGCUAUUUCUAAAGAUAUCGAGGGAGUAUUAGGACUAGGAGAUAUCAAGGAUAAUCAAGAUAGCAGAGAAGUAAAAAGUGCAGGAGUUCAGAGGUCAGGAUUGUUGUUCAAUAGAAAAACAAAACACUACCGGUCAAUAGAUGAUCUUUCACCAGAAUAUGGACCCCUUCCAUUUGUCAAAAAACUAAAAGUUCUAAACGAACGUCAAAAAAUUGAAGAACUAGAAACAGUCAUAAAAACCAGAAGUUUUUCAUUAGAUAUUCCAGAAAGCCAAAGUGAAACUUUUGAUGCUUUAACAAGAUCGCACUCAGAAAGUUCCUCAAUGCACCAAGACCAACAAUGGAAUAAACAGUUCCUAUCGGCUCCCUUAACAUCCUCACCUCGCCAUUUCUCAAACGAAUCAAAUGAAACUCCUGAAAGGAGAAACUUGAAAUCCAUUUUAAAAAACCUCUCAGAGGAUACGAAAGAAAAGGAUGCGGAAAGUAAAAAGUCCAAGAAGGAGAAAAACUCACAAAAAAUGGAUUCUACUGAAUUUAAAAGAUUAAUAAGAGCUCCUACGAUUGAAGGUUAUGCCGCACGACAUAGCAAACUAUCAAAAAGUGUCACUUUCAAUAGAGAUACUCUACAGAGUCCUCCAAACAGUGCUAAUACCGUACUAGGUACACCACAGAACUUGUUUUCUUUUGUCCAUUCAUCCAUUGAUAAUAGGUUGGAUAUUAAGGAAAAGGAGAAAAUAUAUGAGCUCGAACGUUGUAAUGUACAAAUAGUGCCUAACAAAACCAAUAACAAGUACAAAAUCAUUAAAACUUCAAAAGAAGACGAGCAACAAUAUUUUACUGAUAUAUUAUUUGCAAUAAAGCAAGUCAUGAGUGCACACUUUCAGGAUUUACAGCAGAAGUUCCAGGAGAGAUUUGAUAGACUGGAAUUGGAGCUUAAAAAUAAAAAUGAGAUAAUUGAACAAUUAAAAUCACAUAUCUAUGAAUUGGAAAACAUGAAUAAUGAUUCAGAUUCACUAGAUACUAUUAUAAGUAAGCAUCACCAAUCAUGGGAAGAACCAACACAUGAAGAAGAAGAAGAACUACUAGAACUACCUCAGCCUAUGAAUGUUUGGCCUUCUAGAUCGAAUAGUGUUUUUUUAAAUAUAGAAUCUACUACAGAUACGGAUUCAGAAAACAUAGACGGUGAAGGAAAUCACUCAGAAACUGAUCCUACAGACGGCGAGACGGAGGAUAAUCAAUAUGAAAACUCAAGUUCUAACUGGGAAAUUGAACUCCUAGCUGCACAAAUGCGUCAGAGAAGAGCAGCCAGCCUAGAUCAUAGCACAGGAAGGCCCUUGAUUCGAAAUAGGUUCCUUCGAGGUUCAAGUAUGGAUGGGAAUGAUUGAUAUAAGGUGAUCCAUAGAACCAGAACCAAAUCAGUAACCACUUACGACAAAACAGCGUUAUAUAAAGGGCGGUUUUUAGUCCUAUAUACUUAUUAUAAAUUUAAAAUUAUCAUAUUAAAGGUAUAUCCUAAAAAUUAAAAAUAAAAGAAGCAAUAAGCAAACUGAGAUUCGA